AUGGAAGAUGAUAAAUAUUAUCUUCAACCUGGAUUUGAUCCAAAAUCUUUAAAAGUAUCUCAAUUAAGAGGGAUUUUAAAUCAAUAUAAUGUCAUCUAUCCAUCUAAUAUGAAAAAACCUCAAUUAAUAGAUGUGUUCAAUGUUGAGAUCGCUGCUCAUUCCGAUCGUUUGUUACAGGAUUAUCAAAAUGCUAUUUUGAAUAAAAAUGAUAUUGGUUUCAUUGACGUUAAUGGAGGUACUAAAAAAAAAGUAAAGAAAGAAGUAGUGGAUGUUAAAACGCCAUUGAUUGGAUCACCUAAUCCGAUUGUACCAGAGGGAGAUGAUGAAAAGAGUCCAUUUACAAAUGAUAAUGUCUUCCAAUCUCCAAAUUCAACAUUCGAACAAAGUAUAAAUACUAGUAGUAGUGUCACUAAAAAAUCUAAAAAGAGAAAAAAUGAAGAUAGUGAUCAAAUUGAAUCAAGUCCACAAGAAAAAGUCACCACUAAGAAGACAAAAAAAGUGAAGAAGAAUAAAGAAUCAAUAGUUGAUGCUUCAUCAUCAUCUGCUACUCCAUUAUCUUCUCCAAAAGUUAAAUCAACAACUCCAAAGGCAAAAUCAGCAACUCCAAAACCAAAAUCAAAAUUACCAAAAUCAAUCUUUGAUGAUGCAGAAGAUGAUAUUGUAUUAGGUAUUGAUACUAAAUUACCAUCAUCUCCUAAAAUUGAUACACCACCAACAGCUCCAAAAGUUAAAACUCCAAAAUCAAAAACUCCUACCACAACUGCAUCUUCAACUCCAAAAAUUAAAUCAGCUUCAAAAUCUUCAACUCCAAAAGUUACCAAACCAGCUUCAACUAAGAAACAGUCAAAGAAAUUAUCAUCAUCUCCUUUAAUUCCACCUCCAGUGAAUACCACCACCCCAUCUAUAGAUCUUUCAAAAUCUUUUCAAACUGUGGAGGAAGAAUUAGAAGAUUUCGAUAAACAAUUGAAAUCAAUUAAAAAUAGAACUUCUCCUCUUCAGCCUGCCAUUCUUAAUGAUAAUGAUUUGGAAUUGGCUAAAUCAUUAGGUAUAACCAUUGAAGGAUUACCUUCAAGUAAUGCUGAUAUUUCAGCUCAUUUUAGUGAUAUUGCAUCUCCAUCUCCUAAGAAAUCAUCGAUUCCAGGUUUAUCAAAAAGUGCAUUAACUCCUAAACCUCGUCUCUUACCUGAGUUUUCAUUAGAAAAGAAAGAUAAUGAAGAUGAAGAUGAAGAUGAAGAAGAAGUUGAAAUUGAUGAAGUUGAAAAAGAAGAUGAACUUAUUAAGAAAUUAGAAGCAUCAAUUGAACAAGAAGAAGAGUUUAUCCCAAAACCAUCAAAGAAAACAAGAAUCAUUAAAUCCUUAAAAUCAUUAAUUAUUUCAUUUUCAUUAUGGAUAAUUCUUAUUAGUUCAGGACUUUUCGCCUAUUGGUAUUAUCAACAAUUAUUCCUCAUUGGAUAUUGUGGACAAGAAAUUCAACAACAAACAUUCCCCAAUCAUGACAAUUAUUUCAUCCAAAUUUUAGGAGAUUAUUUAGAUUCAAAUUUAAAACCAACUUGUAAACCAUGUCCUUUACAUGCUCGUUGUUUCCCUCUUUUAGAAAUAGGAUGUUAUGAAGAUUUUAUUGAAUUUCAACCAUGGGAUAAUUUUUUAAAACCAUAUAAUAAAGUAUGUGUUCCUGAUUCUAAAAAAGCAGAAAAAUUAGAAAUUAUGAUUGAAGUGGCUAUAGAUUUAUUAAGAUCUAAAAAUAUUAAUACCAAAUGUGGUCAAAAUGAAAAUAUUUUUGAAUCAGGGAUUAAAACUGAUGAUUUACAUGAUUUAUUAUUAAGUAUGAAAGCUCCAUAUAUUACUAAUGAAGAAUUUGAAGAAUUAUGGUCAAGAGCUAAAGUUGAAUUAGAGAAAGAUUCUGAAAUAAUUGUAAGGCAAGUUUUAAAAUGUCAAUUACAAAAUACAUUAACAUUAACUAUAUUUCAUUAUAAAUAUGAAAUAUUAAUCCUUGUGUUGAUUUUCUCAUUAAUUAAAUUUAGUCAAUUUCAAUAUCAACAAUAUAAAUUAAAUUUAAUUAAAAUUGAUAUAAUUUAUCAAGAAGUAUUAAAGAAAUUACAAUAUCAAAAGAGAUCAUCCAACUUAUUAGACAAUGUGAAUCCAUAUAUUGGUUCCAAUCAAUUACGAGAUUUGAUUUUAAUUAAUGAAAAGAAUCUUACUACCAAAUUAAAUCUUUGGAAUGUAAUUCAACGUAAAAUUGAGAUUAAUAGUAAUGUAAGUAUUGAUUUAAUUGAAGAUAAUGGUGAAAUCAUUAAAGUUUGGAAAUGGAUAAGUGAUAUCUAA